AAGUCCGGUACCGAGAAACAACAGCAAGCGCUGUCGUUUUAGGCUUUGCCCAACUCUAGUUAGCUUAGCAGCCGGAAAUGCCGUGUACGGUUGUCUUGGAUCGCACUUGUCGCGGCGUAGAGCAGAAUGUCGAGCUCUGCGGCAGAGCCAAAGGAAAUCACAGAAGAUCCCAUGAACUCCGACCCGAACCAAACUGACCAAAGCGAAGAAUGGGAAACCAUGGCUCGAGCUUGGCUUUCUUCUUUCCCUGAGGCUAAAGAAGUCACCAUGGUCGAGGUCGAAGCCUGGAUCGACUCCAACCAUGAUUCCUUACCCGAGGGCCUCAAAUCUAUGCCUCGUUCUGAUCUCUGUCAUAGGCUUAUUUCCAUUCAGAAUUGCAUGAGAUUCCCUCCUCAGGAGAAGGAAGUAAAUCAGCUUGAUAUUCCACAUGCUCGAUUUCAGCGCACGGAUCAAUGGAUACCAGUUUAUUCAUGGCUGGAAACUUUGGAUAAGGAUGAGGUGGUCAAGUCCAAGGAGAUUUCUGAUUGGCUAGCUGAAAACCCUAAGGUCCAAGAGCAGUUGUGUUCAAGGCAUUCUCGAUAUCAUUUGAUGCACUAUAUUAAAAAAUGCCAUUUAAAGAUAUUAAAGAGAAGGGAAAAGAAGAAGGUUUUAGAUCAGCCUGACAAGAAUACUUCACUGAAGGUUCAGAAAGAUGUGCCAAUGAAACACCUGGCCCCACUUCCAUGUAGUUCUUUAAACAAUAUUCCCAAAGAUAGCGAUUUGUACAUUACCAAAAGAAACGAAGCGUAUCGCAAAUAUGAGAUCUUAUCUUAACGGGUUUUCAGUUUAGUGGAGUUGGAGAAGCUGCUUUCCCCAACAAUCUCUAAGCGCUGAGACAAAACGAAGCAGCCAGAGAAACUUCAAACCAUCAGACUUCGAUGGCGAAUCCUCCAGCCGGUUCGUUCUUUCUGCAUAAUAUUGACUGAAACAUUGUUGCCUCAGAUCAGAGUGCUUACUGAUCACAUCAGCUGCCACAUUAUUGUUCAUUAUCAUCAUGAGCGGUGCUUUUUAAGCUUUUGUUAUGUCAUCAAUCAUAGCAUAGCAAUUUAGAUAUGGAAAGAGCUCGGGUGUAAUGUGUA